UGUUCGAAAUUAUUAGAGAUUUCUUUGACUGUUUCCGGUAUCCAUCUUUUCUGUCCGUUUCGCCAGGCAACGUGGACUGUGUUUUCAGUUUUCAUGCUAAAAGAUGAUCGGAAAUAAGGUUAUCAAGCCCGGCGGGAGUGAACCCGAUGAAUUUGAAAAGUCCAUCGGACAGGCUCUCCUUGAAUUGGAGGCGAAUCCCGAGUUGAAGCCACAGCUGAGGGAUUUGCACAUAACGCGUGCCCGUGAAAUUGAUUGCGACAGCAAGAAGGCUAUUGUCGUGUACAUCCCAAUGCCCAAGCAAAAGGCUUUCCAGAAAAUCCAAACGCGUCUGGUGCGUGAAUUGGAGAAGAAGUUCUCCGGGAAGCAAGUGGUAUUCAUUGGGGAACGCAAAAUCCUCCCUAAGCCCCAACGUAAAGCAAGAAAUCCCCUUAAACAAAAGCGACCACGUUCCCGGACACUCACGGCCGUCUACGAUGCCAUCCUCGAGGAUCUCGUCUUUCCGGCUGAAAUUGUGGGUAAACGAGUUCGCGUUAAGUUGGAUGGGUCUCAGCUCAUUAAGGUGCAUCUAGAUAAAAAUCAGCAGACCACCAUUGAGCACAAGGUUGAUACAUUCACAUCCGUGUACAAGAAGCUGACUGGUCGGGAUGUGACCUUUGAGUUCCCGGAACCGUAUUUGUAAAAGAUGAGAAGAAAUAAAUGGAAAUUCCUGCAGGAAGUUUCCUAAAAAUAAUGAAA